AUGAGGAGCAAAUUGGUCGCGUUCAACUCAGUGAGGGCUCGUGUUCAAGUCCGUUCACCAUCACCAAGACAUAGAAAAUCUUAUAGUUUGGGACGACUGAACGAAGGUAUGAAGACUGUGGCGUUUUCAGGCAGUGAAAACAGCAGUAGGGAAUUGAAUUUCGACAUCAAACAUGAGAUUUUGAAGGGGGAAGCAAUGACGGAAAAUGGGUGCGCGAAUAAGGUGAUGGUGGUGGUUGAUACAAGUGUUGAAGCUAAAGGUGCUCUUCAAUGGGCACUUACUCAUACUGUUCAAGAUCAGGAUACCAUCAUUCUUCUUCAUGUUGCUAGUCCUUCAAAACUAGGUUUUAAAUCAAGUGGGGGAGUUAAUCAAAAAGCAUAUGAACAUCUUUGCUCCAUGAAGAAAACCGUUCAGAUGAAGAGGCCUGAGGUGAAAGUUGAGAUAGAAGUGAGACAAGGGAAAGAGAAGGGUCCGACGAUAGUCGAAGCAGCAAAGCAAGAACGAGUUUCUUUGUUGGUUUUGGGGCAAAAAAAGCAGUCAAUGAUGUGGAGAAUUCGAAAGAUGUGGGCAGCGAAGAAAAGCAAAAACCAAGCUGUGGAUUACUGCAUCCAGAAGGCUGAUUGCAUGACGAUUGCAGUGAGAAAAAAGAGCAAGAAACAUGGGGGAUAUCUCAUCACCACAAAGAGACGCAAGAACUUUUGGCUUUUGGCUUAAUGCAUAUCGAUAAUAUGUGCAUUUCCAGUUUGAAUUUGACUGAACCAACAAGACUAAGGAAUGAUGCCAAUCGUCUAGCAAAGUGCGUAUAUUUCCUGUUAUAGAAAGGGUUCGACCUAAAAGUAUUGAUGUCAUCAUUUCAGAUACAAUGAUGCCAUAGAUUUGGAACCAGUUGGUUGAUUUUUAUGGCUAUGAAAUCUUGCAAGAGAAAUUGUUCAGGAAACGAUUUUCAAGUUGAAACGAACAUCAAAAUCACAUCCUUCUUCAAGAAAACACAUAAAUAUAUGGAUUACAUCAACGAAUCAAAAGUAUCAUGAAGUGAAUUUUUAUAAAAGAAAUUAGGUCAAGAAACACUGUAAAGUUCAUCCCAGAAAUGGGGUUUAUUGAUCAACAGGGGGGAAAGAGGGACAUACUUGACGGCAACGGUAAGACGUCGACUCUGCAGGGCACCA